AUGAAUAGUAUUUGCUUUCAUGGUCCACACAGACACAGCACUACGUUUAGCAUAGAUCAUUUUUGUAUAUGGCCUGUUGGUGACUUGGGUCUGUCCAAAGUGAAGUGCCAGACUUUAAUAUCUGGUGGUGUUAGAGGAACUCUACCUUGGAUGGCCCCAGAACUGCUAAACGGGAGCAGUAGCCUUGUUUCAGAGAAGGUUGACGUGCUUUCAUUUGGUAUUGUCAUGUGGGAACUCCUCACGGGAGAAGAGCCAUAUGCUGAUUUGCACUAUGGGGCCAUCAUAGGUGGUAUUGUAAACAACACAUUACGACCUCCAGUUCCAGAAUCUUGUGAUCCAGAAUGGAGAUUGCUGAUGGAGAGGUGCUGGUCAUCAGAACCAUCAGAAAGACCUUCCUUCUCUGAGAUUGCUAAUGGAUUACGUUCCAUGGCAACCAAGAUCUCUCCCAAAGGACAAAAUCAACAGCAGCAACCUGCUGCACUGCAAAGUCAAGUUCAGAAAUGA